AUGAGUGCCACCAUGGUAUCAUCAGAGCAGCGCGUUGAGGCUGAGAAGACGGCACCUGCGAAUCUUGAGGAAGCUGUGCUAGUGGAAUCCAAGGAAGAAGACUAUCCCCACGGCCUACAGCUCGCAUUCGUGGUGCUGGGAAUCUUGCUGUGCUUGUUUUUGGCAGCCCUUGAUAUGACCAUAGUAGCCACGGCCAUUCCAAAGAUUACGGAUGAAUUUCACGCCAUUGACCAGGUUGGCUGGUAUGGCUCGGCAUUUUUCUUGACACUGGCUGUGUUUCAAUCUUUCUGGGGGAAACUAUACAGAUACUGCCAUUUAAAAUGGACAUAUCUUGCGGCAGGCGUUGUAUUUGAGGUUGGCAGUCUGGUUUGUGCGACAGCGACAAACAACACGGCUCUGAUUGUAGGUCGAGCUGUGACGGGCAUUGGAGGUGCCGGCCUCUACUGUGGAACUUACACCAUCAUCGCAUUCAUUGUCCCGGCCGCCAAACGAGCCCGAUACACUGGCCUGGUAGGCGUGUCUUAUGCAGUCGCAAGUGUAGCUGGCCCAUUGAUUGGAGGCGUAUUUACCGAUAACAUCAGCUGGCGAUGGUGUUUCUACAUUAAUCUCCCCAUCGGAGGCGCAAGCCUUGCCCUCAUCUUGUUCUCCUUUAAACCCCCGGCCACCGCAAAACCAGUACCGGCAUCGCUCAAGGAAAUUAUAUUACAAUUGGAUCUCCUUGGGGUGGCGCUGGCUCUUGUCAGCAUGGUGUGCUUCUUUCUUGUGACGCAGUGGGCUGGAGCCAGCCGUCCGUGGGACUCGGCGUCCGUGAUUACCUGCUUAGUUGUGUCAAUUGUGACGAGCUUUCUGUUCGUCGGAGUGCAAAUUUGGCAGGGUGAAAGAGCGUCGCUCGUGCCGCGAAUUUUGUCCAAGAGAGUUGUCUAUGGGGUUGCAUGCUUUGCCUUCUUUCAAAAUGGUAUGAACUUCUUCUUCACCUACUACAUCCCCAUUUAUUUUCAAUCCAUCGACAAUUACUCGGCGGCGCAGAGCGGCAUCUACAACUUGCCAUUAAUAUUCGGAGCCUGCUUCUUUGCAAUCAUUUCAGGUUUUCUCAUUACAAUAUACGGCUACUAUACCGUAUAUAUGGCCGUGGGGAGCGCAGCUUGUACGAUAGCAGCUGGCUUGUUGUACACCAUGGGUAUGCACACUCCACUGGCUCACCCACUUGGCUACCAGAUGCUUCUCGGUGCCGGACAGGGCCUCGCCAUUCAGGUUCCAGUCAUUGUUGCACAAGCAAUAUCUGCUCCGGAAGACAUAUCUGCCAGCACAGCCGUCAUUCUGUUUUUCCAGAUGACGGGGGGCGCCGUAUGCAUCUCCGCCGGGCAAUCUGCAUUUAUCAAUCGGCUACUAUAUUAUCUCAAAAGCAUUGCGCCUGGUAUUGACGCUGCACGAAUUGUCACUAUUGGUGCAUCAGACCUGCGAGGGCAGGUGUCCUCAGGGGACAUUGAUGCAGUGCUUCAAGCAUAUCUUGGGGCGCUGAAGGACACUUUUGCACUUGGUGUAGGAUUUGCAGGCUGUGCGUUUUUGGCAAGUUGGAUCGCACCGAUAAGAAAUCUGGCGAACGGCUCCAAAGUCAACGUCAUGGCUGCUCUGUAA